AUGGUCACUGAUGCUAAGAAGAGGAAAAAUCAGAAAAAGAAGCUCAAAAAUAAGCAGAAGAGAGCUUCUUUAGUAAGUGGUUCAACCUCUGAUGAACCGAUAACACAGGAUAAGCCUCUUUCUCAAUCAAUUUCUGCACCGGAAUCAGUCGAGAAAGCUCAUUCCACAAGUCACGUGAGUAGUACAAGCAUCGAUAGCCAGUUGGAUGAAGGAUCAGAAGAGCUUUUGGACAACAAAGUAUCGCAUAAUGAACAUUCUGUAUUGGUCGCUUCUAAUCAGCUGCUAAAGGAUGCGUCCUUUGAAGAGAAUCCUAUCGCUCAUAAGAAUAUGAUUCUACCUGAGGAACACAUAGUUCCAGAGGUUCCAGAAACCACUGUAGAGAAGCUAUCAGUUCCUCCGUUUGAGGAAGAGAUGAAAGAUGCCGAAAUCCAAGAGUCAACUACAAGUCAAAUUGAACAAGAAGUUACAGCUAUUCCUCAAUCAUAUCCAAAAGCAGAUGCUGAGGAACCGGAGGACCAAUCCGACGUUCAACAUGGUCCAGUAAAUCCUGAAGCUCAAACAGAGGCUCAAUAUUCUCCACAUGAACCAGUCGCAGAACAAAUGGAAGAUCCAGAAGUUCAAGAAAUUGUAGCAGAACCGGAGGUUGAAACAGCGGUUCGUUAUUCUCCAGAAGAGCCAGUCGCAGAACAAGUGGCAGAACCAGAAGUUCAGCAUGGUCCAGUAGAUCCUGAAGCUCAAACAGAGGCUCAAUAUUCUCCACAUGAACCAAUCGCAGAACAAAUGGAAGAUCCAGAAGUUCAAGAAAUUAUAGCAGAACCGGAGGUUGAAACAGAGGCUGGUUAUUCUCCAGAAGAGCCGGUCGCAGAACAAGUGGCAGAAUCAGAAGUUCAUCAUGGUCCAGUAGAUCCUGAAGCCCAAACAGAGGCUCAAUAUUCUCCACAUGAACCAGUCGCAGAACAAAUGGAAGAUCCAGAAGUUCAAGAAAUUGUAGCAGAACCGGAGGUUGAAACAGCGGUUCGUUAUUCUCCAGAAGAGCCAGUCGCAGAACAAGUGGCAGAACCAGAAGUUCAGCAUGCUCCGGUGGAUCCAGAGGCUCACUUUGAGAUUCAGUAUUCCUCAACAGAACCAAAGGUCCGUGAGCCAGUAUCAGAAGCAGCAACAGAAGUAAAUGCUCAACCAGAAACUCAAUAUUUCUCAAAGGAGUCCAUGACUGAAUCCAUACAAAAAGAUACCGAAAGUUCAUUGAAUGAAAAUAUUGUUGAACUAUCUCAGGAAACGCCAGGGGCGUCCAAUGUAAACACGUCAGUCCUAGCAGUCCAAAAUUCAGAGCAUGUAACUACUGUGGCAGAUUCGCAUAUAGAAGACCUAUUCGGGAAUAACGAUGCGCAUGAAGGAUCAGACUUUUUUGCCGCGAUUGGCACUAACCCAACACCUGCGCCUACAACUCAAGAUAGCUUGGCUACUAAUUCUGAGCCAGGUGUAUCGGUACCAUCUAACGCUUUCACUGAGCAUUCAAAACUUGUUAACGAUGCAAAAAAUGAAGUUAGUGAACUGUUCUCUUCAAGUUCUGAUAAUAACGUCGAUUAUUCGUGGCUAAAUCAGACAGAACAACAAAAACCUCAAGGUCAAGACAAUUCUUCGGGAAAUUCAAUAAAUAAUGAAAAACUCACCUCUCCCCAAACUUCAACAGUUAGGCCUAAUAUAGAUGCUAUUUUUGAUGAUGAUUCUGAUCUUUUGCCCUCUGACGAUGAUGCACAUUUAGAAGAAGUUUUGAAACCUGAAUUAAAUUCAUCAGCAGGCCAAAAUGAAGAUGAUGCACAAGACGAUCAGGAAACUUCUAUUCACAAUGACAAAAUUGCUGGCGAUGAGCUCUUUAGUGGCUUAAAUGAAGAGGACCAUGAAUCUUUACCAUGGGAAAAUGAACCUUCGGUCGCUCAAAAUACACGAGCUUCAUCAGAAGGCCCGGCGAAAUUCUCUUUCUUAGAUAAUGAUAAUGAUUUGUUGGAUGACGAAGAUAGUCUUUUGGAUUCUGACGAGAAUGAGAGUAUCAAUUUAUCAUCGAUAGAAAAGAAGAGUGAAAAAAAUAGGAAUUACGUACCUUCUGUUACUUCUUCUUCCACCUCUCAUGUAAAUCCUCAUCAAUAUCAACCACAUGGAAACCCUUAUGAGCCGAAAAUAGGUCUUGGAGCUAAUAUACAACAACAAGGGGUGUCUAUCUCACAGUCAUCAUCUUACGCGUACCCUGCCAAUCCUGCAUCUGUACCAGUUGUUCCAGGCGUAGUGAAACCAAAACUAAUUAACAAUUUUGAUACACCGAAUGCUUCUAACCACAACGUCCUUGACCUGCAAAAGAAAUUGGAUGAAGCAAAACAUAAAACGGAUGCAUACGACUUUCCAUUGGACUUAGUAAAACAAGAUAUUAAACGCGGUAAGCCUGUUCGUGUCACAAGCCCAAUCUUUUCUUCGAAACAAACCUCGUUUCCAAGUUCUGCUAGCCAGAAAUCGUCUGUGGUCCCUCCGGUUAGAACUUUAUCCACGAACCAUAAAUCUCCAAAGCCACAAAAGCCGUUUUAUGCGGAACUUCCAAUAAACGAGAUGAAACCUACGCGAGCAGCCCCUGUUCGAGUAGCUUCUCAAAAUAAUUAUGCUCCAACGUUAUUAUCAAAGGCAUCAUCGUCUUCCGUGCUGUCAGUACCAGGUCAUCAAAGAAUAAAUAGUGCCGAGCCACCAGUUAAUCCUUAUGCUCCCAAACUUCAAUCAGAGACUGUAAACUCACAAGUCACUCCAAAUAUUGGACAACAUGGGAUGGGCAAUGUUGCAGUUCCUAAUUCCUUUGGAACAGUAAGAUCGCCUUACGGUAACAAUCCUGAACAGCAAAACGAGACUAUCCCCCCAUCAGGCAGAGGUCCUAUUAACCCAUAUGCCCCUGUUUCAAAUAAUGUUCCAGUCAGCACUGUAAAGAGUACACCAUAUAGUCCAAGCCAACCAAUGAAAUCAUCAACCCGCAACAACUUAUCCAUCAGUAGCACAGGUUCUUUCAAAGGGAAACCAAGCCUUACAGUUCCUAUUCCAUUACCCGGUGAAUCAAGCACCUACAAUUUUCCGGCUACUUCUGUUACAAAUGGACCUUCGCAAGGAAUCUCAAAUAUAUCAACUAACGUCCCAGCUGUCCUUUCACCUAAUAGUGCAUCUUCAGUAAACUCAACUAGAAGAACACACGCGCGCUCCAAUUCUAGCAUAUAUGCACCGGCAAAUCAUGCACAUAGUAGCAAAUAUGCUCCCACGGUACAGCCACAGUUCCAACAGCAACAACAGCAAUAUCAAAAUCAUCCUCAGCUAUCCCACCAACAACAGCAACAACAACCAUCUCUACCCAGUGGCGGGGCCGUAUUAGCUCCAAAUCUCCCAAUCCACGGCUUAACUUCGUACCCUCAGCCAGAUAUUACAACAAUAAAGCCACCUCAUAUGAAUACCGUCACGACAAAUGAAAUCACAAGCAAUGCUCCUAGACAUGUAGACAAUUCUUAUAUUAUGCGUCGUCAAUUCCCAAUUUUCCAUUGGGGUAAGUCUUCUAAAAUUGUGUCUGCUUUACCAACUUCUCAGGGAUAUAUGAGUGGUGUAGAACCAAAGAUAGAAUCUAUUAAUAUACUCACCCAUGAUUCGGUUAUAUCUCUUGAUAAAACACUAGAGCAAUAUCCCGGACCAUUGAUCAGAGGGAAGUCAAAAGUUAAAGAUAUAGUCAAAUGGAUUGAAAUAUAUUUAGAGGAGAGCAAAAAUAGAGGGGCUAGUGACUUAAUUGUCUUGCUAGAGAUUUUAAAGUUAAGACUAGAGCCUAACUACUCAUUCAAGAAUGUGAACAAUGUAUUAUACGAUUCGAGUGUUUUGCUACCUUAUCUUUCUCAACCCUUUACAAGUAGAAUAUCAGAGCCAAACGCCUAUAAACUUGAUAAUGCGUCCCUAGUUCGAAUUCUGACAUUGUUGCAAACUGGCGCCCAUGACGACGCUUUAAAACUUUCAUUGGAUCUAAAAGACUAUGCCAUGUCAUUAUUACUAGGAAGUAUUUUAGGGAAAGACAAGUGGUCAUCAGUUGUGGACCAAUAUUUAACGCAAGAGUUUGAGGAGGGAAGUGAUAAUGAUAUAUCUUCGAUAUAUCUAUUGGGAACCAUAUUUCAAGUUUUCAUUGGAAAUUCGAAAAAGGUAAUUGACUCUUUUAGAACGAGCCCUCAAAAAAUGGAAUGGGCGUCAAAUAAUUGGCGUCUAUUAUUAUCGUGCGUUUUGAAUAACGUUGAUGAAGUUUCAUCAAAUGGUCCUCUUUCGCCACUUGUUGUGGAGUUUCUUCUUCAAUAUGGUGAAUUUUUGGUUGGAAGACAAUUAUUGAUACCAGCAUCUAUUGCUUUUAUUCUUGCAGAUAUACCUAUGUCCGAAGAGCCAUUGAUACCUGGAUCUACAAUUACUUUUGAAGCCAUUGGAAGUGCGAAUGCUUUUGAAAGCUUGAUGUUAUCCGAGAUUUACGAAUUUAGUUACAAGCAGAAAGAUUCUUCAUUUUCCGGGUUUACUUCGCUGGCAACUCAAAAAAUUAUACAUGCUGCGGCAUUAAGUGACUACGGUUUGAAUGCCUUGGCUACUAAAUACCUGGACACCGUUCAAGGAUUAUUGAAAUUGUUACCAAAAAACACUGAAGCAUCCCUCAAUAUUCUUCGUUUUAUUGAAGAUAUUAGUAACCAACUUUCUUCCAACAGUAUUGGAUGGUUAGGAAAGCCAAAAUUGAGCAGUGUGUGGGGUCAACUUGAUAAAUCUUUCAACAAAUUUAUUGGUGGUGAUACAGAUAUUGAUGAGCAAGAAGCUAUAGGUGUAGAAGAGAAAGUAUUUGAAAAAUUUACACCAACUACUUCAAGAAAUCCAUCUAUGGUCGAUCUAUCUCAAUCAGCAGCUUACUUUACACCUGCGUUGAAUCGCUCACAUAUUAGUCAACCUCAUUCCACUACAAACUCGGCAAUGAAAGCUCCUCUCAAAAAGAAUUCUUCGAGUAUAAUGCCAAGUAGAGAUUUGUCUUCCAAAUAUGGUCCACCUGAAACGCGUCACCUAAUUUCAUAUAAGGGAGAAACACAUGGGCAUGUUUCAAAUCCAGAUUCUUCUUAUGGUAAUCCAUCUAUGCCUGGUUUAAACAAGCCUGUGCAGUUUGAGUCGCCAUAUGGUACCAGAAAUCCCCAAAUUCACCAACAUGAAUCACCAUACCAUCCUCGCAUGAAUUCUUCAUCAGAUUCUCAUUUACCUCUAUUAACGCAACCUACUUUCCCAAUUAGUAAGCAUGCUCAUUCGAAUAGCAACUCGUCGGCUUCAUCUUAUAAAGAACAGCUUCACCCAGUGAAACCUCCGCUACAUCGUGUAUCCAGUUCAAAUAUUCAAUCUACGGUUAAACAAACAUAUCCAGCGAAAAAUCAAACAUCUAAUAGUUCUAAGACUCUACCACUGGAGUCAUUAUUUGAUGAAACAGUAACCACCAAUUCUACAAAUGAUUCUGCCAGAACAUCUGUAGUCGCACCUUCACAGAGUUAUGAAGAGCGCAACCAAUUGCCUGUAGAUGAAGUUGUAGAAGAAAUUGAGCAUGAGAUUGAUGCAGAAUUAGAUGAGCUUCAGCAUUCCGAAUUUUCGGACGAUAAUAUUAGCCGCAAUAUGGAAGAAAAUGUAAGAUCUGACUUUAGGCCUGAUUUUGAAAGUAUUUCGAACGCCCCUCCUGUACUAACUUCGCAUAAAAAUGGUGAAGAGCAGAGUCAAUCUGAGGCCACUUCCUCAACGUCACUUAAGAAUGGACACUCUCGUCAACCAAGUAUUCCUAAAGUGGAACCCUUGAACCCUUACGCACCUAAAGCCAAGGAAAGCUCUUUUUCAGGAGUGGGUAAACGUUCGAAAAAUCCUUAUGCUCCAUCAUCAGUUUCGCAUACAGGAUCAUCGGUUUCGGAUAUAAGAAAUAGAUCACCACAUGUUGCUGAUGCUUCGCCUCCGGUAGAAUCUAGUCCCAGAUGGACCAACUCCGAAAAUACACCUGAUAACUACAAUCCACCUAAUCGUGCGGCUUAUGAAAAUGUUAACAAUAGAGAAAGUGACAUUGUGUGGGAGAAUAACUUGAAAGACUCGUCGAGCCGUGCUUUUACUCCUCCUAUCGCUGAAAGCAGAGAAAAUUCAAUGUUAGUUACUGGGCUGCCACCACACCUCCAAGAAAACUCCUCUGAACUACCCUUAUCUGAAAUUAAAGAUCCUGUUAUUAGGCCAGUAAAAUCAUCUAGUGUUACUCCGCUGAUAGUUGAUGAUGAGGAUAACGAGGAAUAUUAUGAUGACGUUGUGGAGGACACAGAUGAUGAUGAUGAGGAACAGAUAUCUAUAUCAUCAAUCAAAAAGGAAAUGUCAGAUAACCGUAUAAAGGAAAACCAGAAACAACAGCAGCAGCAGCAGCAGCAGCAGCAGAAAGAUAUCGAUGAAGUAGAGCCCUUGAGCGAUGAAGAAGAUACGAAAAAGGCGGAUGAUAAGAAAAAGCAACAUCAAGCAUCAAGUGGUUGGUUAGGUUGGUUUAAGAAGGAUCCUAACGAAAAGAAGCCCAUUAAAGCAAAAUUAGGCCAUAAGAAUAACUUCUAUUACGAUGAAAAACUGAAAAGGUGGAUCAACAAAGACGCUACUGAGGAAGAAAAGGUGAAAGUUGCAACUCCUCCACCUCCUCCCCCAAUUGUAAAGCGUAAAAUAUCUCAGACGCCCGAAAUUAAACCACGUCAAGGUUCAGUAGUUGGUGGUCCUGCAUUGCGGACAGCGCAUGCUGUUAUGCCGACGAACCCUCUAACAGGAAAGCCACUGGAUCCAAUCAAGGAUUUAACUGAUACAGUUAAACCAGAAGAAAAUUCUCCACCAUCAUCUCCACCACCUACACUCAUGAAUUCCACCGUAAAACUUUCUGGUACAAAAGCCAAUGGUCUAGAUGAUCUCAUGGCCCUGGCAGGCGGUCCUAAUAGCGGACAUUCGACCAGAAGGAAAAAGAGAUCGACCAGAGGGUAUGUUAAUGUCAUGGAAAAGCUAUAA